UCCAGCUCUAUCACACAGCCCGUCAAAAAAAAAUCUUUUUCCGCAGCGAAAAACGAAUUUUCUCGCUCGCCCAUCAAUAUUUUUUUGUUAUUUUUUGGGAAAUUGUCGGCCACAAUUGGAGGUAACAAAAGGAGGCGUGCGUGAAAGUCCAGGGCCGCUAGUUUUCACCGGAGAGCGAAGAGCGUGGAAAACUGCCGCCAGCACAUCCCCAUUCCCAAUUGGACCCGACUAGGAGAGGAGUGAGUUCCAAUAGGAGUACCGCACCGCAGAGUCAAAAACAAACAACAAAAACAACAUCAUGGCGCUGGACAGUGGGACGCAAACGAAUGCGCUGACAUCAUCCUUCACCACCAAGAAAAAGGAUCCGGCUGCGGAAAAGGAAAACCUAUGGUCAGCGAUAUUGAAUGAAGUACAAACACAGGGCAGCACAAAACUUCCAUCAAACAAAUCUGUACUAGUAUUAGGCGACAAUGCCACCGGAAAGACGACACUCAUUGCGAAACUGCAGGGCGUCGAGGAUCCGAAGAAGGGUUCCGGCCUGGAGUAUGCCUACAUCGAUGUCAAGGACGAGUACAGAGACGACAUGACGCGUUUGGGCGUUUGGGUCCUGGACGGCGAUCCAGGACACACAAACCUGCUACACUAUGCGCUCAACGAAACGAACUAUGCACACACUCUCGUCAUCCUCACCGUCUCGAUGACGCAGCCGUGGGGCUGGCUGGAGCAGCUUAACCAGUGGAUUAAGGUCCUGGGACAGCACAUCGAGAGCCUGCAGCUGGACGCCAAAGAGAAGGAGGCGGCCCGCCAGCGACUGGCCACCACGUGGCAGAGCUACUGCGAGGUGGGCGACGACCUGGACCCGGGCUCCCCGGUCAAGCGGACAAUGCGCAACAACUCGAUCGACGAGGACGACCUGCUGCCGCUGACGGAGGACGCACUAAUUACAAAUCUAGGCCUCGACAUCGUUGUUGUGGUCACAAAGACGGACUACAUGACCACGCUGGAGAAGGAGUACGAGUAUCGCGACGAGCACUUCGACUUCAUCCAGCAGUGGAUACGUAACUUCUGCCUGCGGCACGGUACCUCGCUGUUCUACACGAGCGUCAAAGAAGACAAAAACUGUGAUAUGCUCUACAAAUAUCUGACGCAUCGAAUUUAUGGUCUACCAUUCCGUACGCCAGCGCUAGUCGUUGAAAAGGAUGCGGUACUCAUUCCGGCUGGCUGGGAUAGCCUGAAGAAGAUUAGUAUUUUGUACGAGAAUAUGCAUGGAGUCAAGGCCGAGAAUCCCUACACAGACAUUAUAAAAUCGCCACCGACUAGAAAGGCGGUUUCCAAUCGCGAGGCGGAAGUGCAGACGGAGGACGAGCAGGCCUUCCUGGCCCGCCAGCAGGAGAUCCUCAAGCAGGGCGACCAGGUGCGCGGAGAGUCGCCUCUGCGAUCGCAGGGUGUGGGCAGCAACAAGAGCGGACCCCGAACGCCAGGCACCACCGGGCAGAGUUCGCCCAAGAAGAUUGAUCCCAAGCUGACGCCAGCCACGCCCGGCACCGAGGGCGUUCUGGCCAACUUCUUCAACUCGCUGCUGCACAAAAAGUCGGGCAGUCCGGCGAGCGGCGGUUCGGGCGGAGCCGGCAGUCCGGCGGGACCGGGUCGCACUGCCAACGGUACGGAUGCAAUGAUGACGCCCGAGAAGCUGGCCGUGCGCACGGAUGCGGCUGCCGAGCUGGACCGGUUAUCGCGCAGCGUGAAGAAAGAGAUUGACCUGUCUCAGAGUGAGUGUUGAGCCGCAGUCAACUAGCAGCAGCAACACAGACACCACAGAGAAACACCAGCGGAAGCAGCAACAACAGAACCAGAUCAACAUGAAAACGUUAUUUAAGCAUAAAGUGAAGGGCAGAGACUCGUAGAAAAGGCAGGACCAGUAGUGCUGGAGGAGUGCUGAGGGAAACCACAAUUUGAAACAGCUUUUAGAUCAUUCAAUGGUCUGCCAGUUGGUGUAAAGGCUCUGAUCAGUUUGGGCGUAUAGUAUUCAAAAGGGAAACUCUUAAAUUGUUAGCCAAGUAUUCAAAUCUUUGUGAGGUUUAGUGAUGAUUUAAACUAAUGUGAACUCUGUCAAGAAAAACGGUUUGAAUGUUAUUAGAUUGUUUACCAAGAGAGCUUCAUAGAGCUGUAAGACCUUAAAACAAAGUCAAUGGCAGGUUUCUAAAACUUUGGAAACACAAAUUCCGCCUUGCGACCUUCCCCAAAAACUGAUCGAUGCCUGAAGAUUUCACAUUAACUUUUCAACAAACUUCCUGGAACUCAUUUGAUGAGUUUCAUGACUACGAGUGAUUCUUUACGAGCCUCCUGCGGCAUACUCAAAAACUUUCGAUAGGAAAUGAAACAAAAGAGAAAACAAAAACUAGGAUUGAGAAACAUAAAACGAUGAACAAGAGAUGAGACAUUCACCACUUAAUGGUUUAGCUUAGCGAAAAGUUUGCUAUUUGAAGAAAGGAUAUUGUCUGCGAGGCAUAUUGUACUCCUCCCCGCGCAGCUCACCCACUCUGCAUGUGUUUAAAGGGCCUUGGCGAAAGAGAGGGGAUAAUGAUAAGGAUAAUGUGAAGUAGUUUUUUUUUCGUUCGCGGGUCCACACACACAUUUGUAUAAUAAAUUAUUUAAAACGCUGUAAAAUGUAAUUAACAAACGGCAGACAAACGAGAGAUUCAAACAGUCCAAGAUCCCUGCGAUGAGGAUGGUAUGCGCCUAGCUUGUAUGUACUUUUUAAUUAUAUUAAUUAAUUACACACCCACUCACACUUGUGUUGAUUCGGUAGGCGAAACGUUUACAUUAGUAUUUAUAACAGGAGAGAUCGAGGAGCUCCUUUGUCGUGUGUACAUUUUUAGUUAACCCACGAUUUUCGUUCAUUUUUUUUUUGCUUUUGUUCACCAACCAACCAACGAAACCAAUUGUAAUUAAUUUUAAACCUUAAUCCCUUCGAUUUUAAUGUAGACCCCUCGCGUUAUCCGCUCAAGAAGAGAGACAACUAUAAGCCUC